AUGUCCCUCAACCCAAACCACCUCCCCUCCCCAGCCCCUACUCCCUCAGAAGCCCUUCUCCAGCCCGGCGCCUCCACCCCUGCGCCUCCUGCCGCGCCUGCCGUCCCGGAUCAAGAGGCCAUUCGCACGGCUGUGGAGAAUCAGCUCUUGCAGCUGGCACAGGAUCUUUAUGAGAUGGAGAUCAGUGCAGGGUACGUGAGAGAAAAUAGAGAAGAUGCUGUGCCGGGAUAUCUAGAGAACAUUAAUAAGGCUCUAGUGAACCUCUCGCAGCUUUCGUCUCAGAUGACAGACUCGGUUCCUCAUCAAAUCGUUGAGCAUGUAGACCGACAUAAAAACCCUCACACGUAUACAAAGCAAGCUAUCACAAGAGCUACGGGCGAAAAUCAGUAUGCUUUAGGCAGAGUCCUCGGGUUGGAGAGUUUCCGUCGACAACUGCACGAAGCCGUUUCAGAGAAUUUCCCCGAGGUCCCUUUACCCGAACGGCGCCAUCAGCCUAUCAAGCCGCCUCAGGAGACAAAUGGCGGUGGGGAAGAAGGGCCAGAAAGUGCGCAGAACGUUCCGAAUGGAGGAGGGGCCGGUGAGACGGGUGCGCCGGAUGGACCAGCGGCUGUCAAUGGGCACCAUCAGCCGUAG